AUCAACAAAAUGGCUGCGCCCACGGACCACAACAGCUCUGAUUAUGAUUUAUUGUAUCCAGAAUUAUUAUCAAGAGAUGUAUUAAUUAAGGUUUUGCAUCAGCGAUACAUCCAAAAAACAAACAUACAGUCUUUAGAUAAAGAAGAAUUACUGAAUUUAUAUUAUCAAUAUAUUCUACCUCUUCCACAACGUAAAUAUAAAUUAAACCGACGUGGACGAGAAAUGACGAAAAAGCAAAUUCUGAAGGCAAAAAAAAGAAGAUUUGUCAAUACCAGUACCACUGAUGGAGACCCACCAAAAAAAAAAAGACUGUCAACAGAAUCUCUACUUAUAACACCUUCAGGAAGUCCAUCAGCCAAUAGAUUAAAACCUCCACCAUCUUGUAUCAAUUAUGACAAAAAAGUGAUCAAAUUAAAUUCUAUCAAAAACUUGGAUGAAGCAGAGAAAAUUGAGAAGCUAACCAGUGACAUUGAUAAAUUAUCACCUUCAUCCAAUAAAACAAAAGAAAUUAGUUCAAAAAAAGCAUUUGACACCAUUAGCUUUGACACAGACAAAGUGAAGAGUAGUAAACAAGUGAUACAAUCUUCUGAAGUUGCCAUGGAAAUUGAAACAAAUAAAGAGGAAUCUAAUGAACCAAAGAAGAAGAUAAAGAAGAUAUCUUGGCCGUAAUUUAUAUUAUUCAAAGAUUUAGAAAGUUUGAAUGUGUCUGUAAUAUAUCUACUUAGUAACUACAGAAUUUAUUGGAAAAUGAAAUUUUAUUGCUGACUUAUUUAAAGAUACAUUAUGGGAGAUUAGAUAAAGAGCUGGCAGUUCUCACUAUAAUAGUUAAAAACUAGAUAAUUUAAAGGGAAUUUGUUGGAAAUUUCAGUCAAGUUGAUCCACUCUGAACCGAGAAUUUAGAGAUUGAAUUUUGGGCCCAGUCUCGAUCAUCAUUACUAAAGUCAGUACGAUAAAAAACGUAGUCUUGAUUAUCCGUUUUUAUAUGCUCACAUUUUCAUGUGGUCCUAUUAUGCCGUUGCCCUUGUCUGUCCAGACACUCUACAGGUCACAAUUUUUAUCCAAUUUUGAUGAAACUUGAAAUAUAGGUCUAUCUCCCAAAGAUUUUGGUUCCUUUCAAUAUUGGCAUGUAUCGGACCAUAACUUCAUGGAUUAUUGCGUCUGAUUGUACGAAAAGUCACGUUUUUAGCUUGUGGACAUUCUAGAGGACACAAUUUUCACUCGAUUUUGAUGAAACUUGAAAUGCAUGUUUAUAACCCAAAGAUCUUGGUUCCUUUUAAUAUUUGCGCAUAUCUGAGGUCACAAUUAUUAUCUGAUUUAAAAAUACUGUUCGAAUAUAUUACCGUUACACCGUAAUGUAGGUUGAGUUUGAAUUUCAUGAAAAUUGGACCAAAACUGCCGGACAAAAUGUCCGUCCCUCGUACGCAAAUAGUGUAAUGUAAACAUCUGGUAUAUCAAGGUUGUGGAGCCUCUAGAGGUCACAAUUUUGAUCCGAUUUUGAUACAACUUGAAAUGUAUGUUUAUAACCCAAGGAUCUUGAAUCCUUCAAUAUUGGAUCGUAACUUCCUGAAUUAUGGCCCCUAAUUGUAAGAAAAAUCACGUUUUUAGCUUGUGGUCCCUCUAGAGGUCACAAUUAUAUCACUGUUGCACCGUAAUGUCGGUUGAGUUCGAAUUUCGUGAAAAUAAGACCAAAACUGCCACACAAAAUGGCCACCCCUCGUAUGCAAAUAGUGUAAAUAUAUGGUAUAUAUCAAGGUUGUGGACCCUCUAGAAGUCAAAAUUUUGAUCCGAUUUUGAUGAAACUUGAAAAAUAUCUUUAUAACCCAAGGAUCUUGGUUCCUGUCGAUAUUUGCGUAUAUCGGAUCGUAACUUCCUGAAUUAUGGCCCUUGAUUGUACAAAAAAUCUUCUUUUUUUUUUAGCUUGUUCUCUAUCCAUCUCGUGCACAAUGUGGGCAUAUCUGCCUGGCAGCCGCUGGUUCUUUACAUUAGUGAAAUGAUGAAGCCUAUUGAAUUUCAGAAUGGCCCUUGUUUCACUUUUUAGAACCCUGUGAACACUCAAAUGCUAAAAGUUAUCAUCUGAUCUAUAUAAAAUGUAUAUGCAUCAUUUAAAUUAGUGAAACGAAGCAGCCAAUUGAAUUUCAACAAUUUCUUUUAAUUACUUCUAUAGUUAUGACCCUUGUUUCACUUUGUUGGAUCUUGUGAAUGCUCAAAUGACAAAAUUUAUCAUCCUAUCUGUAUGAAAUUUAUAUGCAUCAUUUGAAUUAGUGAAACGAAGAAGCCAGUUGAAUUUCAACAAUUUCUGUAAAUUACUUCCAGUAAGGCUGAAACAAUACACUUUGCCAUGAUAUGAUACAGUAUCAUGAAAUAGGUCAGUUUUUGUGAUGAUAUGAAGUCUGGAUGGUUGAGACUAUUGAAAACUUGUGUGGUGCUGACUUAAUAAUAUUAUUCUAUUUAUAACUACCAGGAUUUUUCUUUAUACUGAACUGAUAGCUAAUUAUGUUAGUCCUAAAGCCUAAUCAUGAUACAGUGUGAAAAAAUAAUGUUGGUUAUCAAUUUUCUUAUAAGAGUUACAGCCCAUGUUUCUGUUUGUAGAACCUUGUAAACCCUCAAAUUACAAAAAUUAUAACCUGAUCUGUAUGAAAUUGUCUUGUAAAUGCCCACAAUUACCUACAAAAGAAAAAAUAUGCGACAACACUUGACUGUUUGACAACAGCUCGGAUGAUUUAGCUGCUGUGGGUGUAUGUUUUGUUGCCUGGCAAUCUAUCUUUUGGGGUGGAGGGAAACUGAAUUUGUUAAAUUGUCUCCAUUGGCAUCAAGAAGAGACUACUAACUGGCUGAACUGGUGAUGGUUUUGAUAAACGAAAUUUUUGGUUUCUAAAAGGACGUGAUUUGAUUUUACAGGUGGUAUACAUUGAAUUUUCUUUUAAUAAAAUUAUAAU